CAGGCACUCUCUCUACCUACCCAGAAAAAAAAAUGCCGGCAGGUCACGGUGUCCGGGCGAGGACGAGGGAUCUCUUCGCUCGUCCCUUCAGGAAGAAGGGUUACAUCCCGUUGACGACAUAUCUCAGGACCUUCAAGAUCGGAGACUAUGUCGAUGUCAAGGUUAAUGGUGCUGUUCACAAGGGCAUGCCCCACAAGUUCUACCAUGGCCGAACUGGUCGUGUCUGGAAUGUCACCAAGCGCGCCAUUGGUGUCGAGGUGAACAAGCAGGUGGGUAACCGGAUUAUCAGGAAAAGAAUCCACGUUCGGAUCGAGCAUGUCCAGCAAUCGAGGUGCAACGAAGAGUUCAAGCUCAGGAAGCAAAAGAACGACCGGUUGAAGGCCGAAGCCAAGGCGAGAGGCGAAACCGUCAGCACCAAGAGACAACCCAAAGGCCCCAAGCCCGGGUUCAUGGUCGAGGGCGCGACCUUAGAGACCGUCACUCCCAUCCCUUACGACGUCGUCAACGAUCUCAAGGGUGGCUACUGAGUUUGAUCUCCCUCCCUCCCCCUCAGUUCAAGUUUUGCACUCUUUUUACCUGUGUUUUUCGGCUCUCUGUAAUCUUCUGUGAAAAAACCAUAUGCUCAUCAAUGGAAAUAGUCUUGGAUUGUUACCAUUGGGCAUUA